UACUUAUUCCAACUACUUGUUUUUGGGAAGUAUCUCCAGAUAAAGGUUCUAUUUGCGAGAAGUUAGGAUCCAGGCAACUUUGCACAAUGACAUUGGUUCGGCAGAUUGCUCUUAUAUCUGCUGGUUGCCAACCUUGGAAUUUAAAUGUGGUGGAUUCAACUGGAUCAAGAUUUGCUUAUGCUGCAACUCUUGCAAUUUAUAUAUACGAAUGGGAUCCAGAAGGCAAUCAAUUUUACUUACAUUCCAUCAUGUCAGAACAUAAAAAAACUAUUUCGGCUAUUGCUUGGAACUUAAAAGAUAAAGACAUCCUCGCCAGUAGCAGCGUGGAUUUUAAAAUAUGUGUCUGGCAUGUCACUAAGCGCAAGUUACUGGCAUCUCUGAACACACCUCACGCGAUACCUGCGUUAAUGUCAUGGUUUCCUUCGGAUGAAGAUUGUCUCGCCUAUUGUGAUGGUAAAGGACCUCUUUGCUUGUGGAAGUACACGGAGAAAAAUGGAAGGGAAGGCCCCGUAUCGCAUCCACUGAAAGAAAUUUCGGCUGUGUCUUCAACCAUCACUCAAAUAAGCUGGCACCGAACAGCACCAGGGAGAUUAGCCUUGGGGCACGCAGACGGAACUAUAUCGCUCUACUUGCAAGGAAAGAAGCCACAACUUCAUGUCAAACUUGGAGGAGGCAGUGCAGGCUCUGUCUCUUGGUUGCUGUGGGAGCCCUUUUCUCAGAAUUACUUAUUAAUCUGCACCACUAAUGGGAGACUGCAACUCAUUGACUCCUCGACAGACGUAGCAUCAGUCAUUACUACAUACAGCCUCCCAAGCAAAGCGGUCACUAUCAAAUGCGCCGCUUGGUUGAUGGAAGCCCCCGGUGCUUUUGUAACUGGUGAUGCUGAAGCGGGAGUUCUUAGAAUAUGGACUGUAGCUAAAGAAAAACCGCAAGAAACUUUUCGCUUGAAACACGUUGGUUUCAAAGCUCUCUGCGUGCUGCCAGCUGACAGUACUUCAACUCCUGGAGCGGGAACAAGUGAAAAGAUGAAAUUUGUAUCUCGUAUCGUUUGUUUGUUUUUUGAUGGAGGGGUAGGAGUCUACAAUCUCAGAAAUUCUGCUUGGGAUUUCUUGAAGAACAUGGGUCAUCUCGAAACUAUUUUUGAUUGCCAGUUCAAACCUGAUGAUCCAGAUCUCCUUGCCACAGCAAGUUUUGACGGGACAGUGAAAGUCUGGAAUGUUAACACAAUGGAGGCAGUAAAUUCUUCUCAAGGUGAUGCAAGCAUAAUUUAUUCUCUUUCAUGGGCACCAGGUGAUAUCAACUGCCUUGCCGCUGCUACUUCGAAAAGUGGUCUUUUUAUCUGGAACUUCAAAAAAGGGAGUGUGCGUAAAAUCGAUGAUCAUGCCCAAGACACUUAUGUUUAUUGUGUUGCUUGGAAUCAAACUGAUGCUAGAAAAAUUGCAUCUGGAGGAGGAGAUGGGACUUGUAUGAUACAUCAGACUGAUGGGAAAUUGAUUCAGUCUUUCAAACAUCCUUCAACUGUGUAUGGCUGUGAUUGGAAUCCUAAUAAUGAAAGCACCAUAGCAACAGCCUGUGAAGAUGGUUUAGUUAGAAUUUUCUAUGUUGGAAGUGGUACAGAUAAACCUCUGAAAGUAUUAUCUGGUCAUAAUGGGAAAGUAUUUCGAGUCAAAUGGUCUCCUUUAAAAGAUGGUAUACUUUGUAGCACAUCUGAUGAUUGCUCUGUUCGUGUGUGGCAUUAUGCUCAAGGCAUUGCUGUGAGAGUUCUAGAAGGACAUACCAGUUAUACUAGAGGAUUAGUAUGGUGCCCAGAACUUCCAAAUAUUGUUAUCUCUGGAAGUUGGGAUUCUACCAUUGCAGUUUGGGAUAUAAGUGAUGGUGCUUGCCUAGACAUUAUUGAAGAUCAUGGAGCUGAUGUAUAUGGCCUAGCUUGUCAUGCGGAAAGACCAUUGCUCCUUGCAAGUACAUCUAGAGAUUCAACUGUUCGCUUUUGGUCAAUGCUUCCCUUGGUUUCAUCUUUAUAUUUGAAGAUAUUGGUUUCUCGGCCAUUAAAUGAUGUAUUUUCCCCUUCAAGUAAUCAAGGAUCUGAUGAUUUUGUUGAAAAAUUUGGGCUGUAUGGUUCACAAUCAAAACUUUUGAAAGAUAUUCUAUGCAAAUCUGAAGCCAGUUAUAGUCUCAAUGAGUGGAGAGCAAUAUCGGCUUUGUUUUGUCCUCCAUCUGGAAGAUCUAAUUUGUGGGAUUUGCUACUAGUUAUAAAAGAAAAAGAAGUUGAUUUAUCACAGUAUAAAAAUGGUAUCACUCAUAAAAAGCAUGUAAUUAAGUUGACCAUGGCAAAGGCUUUAGAAAAAGAAUUAGCUAAUGUAUCAUUUUUUGGAUCUGGAGUUAACACUUGUGGGAAACGAGAAAACUUGCAAAAGGCAGCCGAAUAUCACUUACUUACAGGAAAUUUGAAGAAAUAUUGUGAAUUGAAAGCACAGCAAGAUGAGUGGCUUGAAGCAAUUGCACUUGCCCCUGGAGUUUCUCUUAGUUUUUGGAAGGAGCUGACAGCUAAGUGGCAGGUCAAAAGGGGUGAAGAGAACAGUGAAUUAGUUGCUCCAUUUCUUAUUGCAACCAAUAAAGCUGAUGAGCUUGUUAAGCAUUAUGUGAAACAAAAUUGCUUAGAAAAGGCUCAUAUAAUUUCAAUCGCCAUGUCUGAAGGACUUAUGCCAUCAGUUUCUGUUUGCAAUGAAGGAAAUUUAAAAGAAAAAAACUCAAGCAAAAACUCAAAUUAUGAGAAAUUAAUAUAUGAUAAUAUUAAGCGUCUUGCUGAAAGAAAUAUGCUUAGUGGAUCACCUGUAAAAGCAGCUUGCUGGUAUCUUUCAAACAGUGAUAUUCAGGGUGCUCUUUAUUGCUUGUUAAGAGGCCAUGAAUUAGAACUUGUUGUAAGUUUAUGUUUAAGCUUACAGAUAAAGAAUCCUUCUUUUAAAAUGGCAUUAAAGUAUCUUGCAUGGAGAUGUGUUGGAAAACGAGAAUGGGAUAUUGCAAUAGAAACUCUGGACUUAUGUCCUGGUACUGAACAUGAAAAGAUUGCUGUGUGUGUGAAUUGUGAAUUAUCAACAGAAGAGAAAAAUUUCCUUCAUGAAAAGGCUAAUUUACCUCCAGUUGAUGAAUGUGCAAAAAUUGCUGAAGAAAAGCAUCAAAACCAAGGCUGUGUUUUAGAGAUUAUACAGUACAAUCUUCUUUCCAGAGAAUAUCGAAAAGGCCUAAAUAUUGGAUUAAAGUAUAUAAAAGAAACAUUGGCAGAGCCUAAAUGGAACUUAGAAUCUGUUUGGACGCUUCUUCGUUUGAUGAGCUGUAUCAAUACUAAUAUCUUGCAAGAUAUUUCAUUUGAUAGGCAUCGUUUUGAACUUCAGGUAUACUGUGCUUAUGUUGGUGCUCUCAUUGCCAUCCGCCAAGGCUUUUAUCCCCUUGUAGUUCCUUUAUUUUCUACUGCUGUGAGUUUGAUCAGAAAAGUGCAUAAUCCAGAUCUUUCUAUUACUGAAGAUCAGAUAUCAUCUGAAAUGCAUGCAUGGGUGAAGUCGAAAAAUGCUAAUUACAUAGACUGUGAAUGCAGUAUUUUCAAAGAAUUGAUGGCAAAGGCCUUAGAGGAUCCUCCAUAUGGUGAUGUCGGUGUAACAAUUGUGACAGGUUCAAAUCUGCCAAGACAUUCUGAUCAUCACACAUGUUUUUUGCGAGGAACUGCUAUUCGAGGGCCUGUUUAUUUUUUGGAUGACUCGAGCUCGGCUAUAUCAUUAAAUGAUGCUUUGAUGUGGGCUAAAGUCAAUCGAUUUUCUCCAUUAAAAACUGGUUCAGUUAUCAAUCCAUUUUAAUUUAUAUAUUUUAUAUAUAAUUUUGAUUUGUGUUCCAUUGUUUUCCACUGUUAAAGACAAUUUCUGAGGCUCAAAAGCAUAUUGUGAUACUGUAUGCAGAUUUUUUUUUUUCGUAAAAUAAUUGUGUAUUUGAAAAUAUAUAUGUGUGUGCGUCACAUUACUAGAUUACUUUGAGCAGAUUUUGAAAGAUUAAAACCUCUUUGUUUUCUUGAAAUUCAGACAUUUUGAUUACUUUUAUUUUUUAUAGUUCAAUUUUUUUUUUUCAUUUAAUUCUUUUUUCUUCUUUUUCUUUUUACCUUUAUACAUACAUGCAUGUGAUAGGAGGGACUGAGGUCAUUUAUAUGGCCUGACUAAAAUUCUUAGAAAAUGGCAUGAAAACAAAUUGACCCAGAGUUUAUUUCUAUUUUCAAAACUUAAUACAGUCAGAGAGUGGAAUUUUGUGCCUCAGGCGUUUUUAUUUCUUGUUGUAGAUUUUGUUUGUGUGUGUGUGCAACAAUCAUUUUCAGAAGUAUAUUAGAUAUCAAAUUAUAAAAUCUGCAAUAAUUGCUCAUGUUACAAAUAUAUCUUAAAAUGCUUCUAUUUCGCGAUAUUUAAAUCAACAUUAACAUUUCAUAUAGAAUAAAUGUGUUUUAUGUUUUUGAAAUUUCCCAAGGAAAUUCCAAAAUUUAUUAUAUUAUUACUGUAUUUCAUGUAGAAUUAGAG